AUGACUUCACCCAGACGUGUCGUCUUUUUCUUGUUCUUGGCUUUGAUUUUAUUUUUGUUUGUAACUCUCUUUUACAAUAUUAACGGCAUUGAAAGAAGUCCGCCUAAAACCAGUCUCAAACAUGGUUUGGAUCCACUGUACGAGGAGAAUAGAAUACUCUGCAUGAUACCGUAUGACUAUUAUAACCCUAAUACUGCCAAAUAUGUAAAGCGCACUUGGGGCAAGCAUUGCAAUGUAUUGCUUUUUGUGAGUGGCGAUGUCGAUGGUGAACUGGAACCCUAUGUGCCUGUGAUUAAUUCCACGGAUACGUGGACAUUGGUCCAGCGAGGACUGAUGCACGCCUAUCGAUUCUAUGCCGACCAAGUCGACUGGUUUCUCAGGGUGGAGCCCUCUAGUUUUGUAGUUGUGGAGAAUCUCCGAUAUAUGAUAGGCCAACGGAAUUAUUUACCCAGUCAACCGAUCUACUUUGGCUACGAGCUCGAGAAUAUAGUCACGCAUAAGCCCUUUGUCCACCACCAAAGUGGCUAUGUUAUCAGUCGCGAGGCCUUGAGACGGUAUACAACUGCAUCGAAGGAUCCCGAGAAUAGAGAAUGCCAGCACUGGCAGGGAUAUGCUGAAGGACUGGAUAUAUUUCGCUGUCUGAGCCAUGUUAAUGUAACCAUAGUCGAAAGUCGUGAUGAAUUGGGUCACGAAACUUUCUCACCAAUUCCAAUGGACCGCCAGUUUUUGGAUGGCUACAAUUAUAUUCCUUGGCUUCAUAAUCUAACAUAUCAUAAGGUCCCUGAGACAACUGUGCCCCUAUCCGAGCGCGCCAUAAGUUUUCGUGUAGCAUAUCCGCCUCAAAUGUACGGUUAUUAUUAUUUCGUUUAUGGAAUGAAAAUCUUUGGUGCUCCCAUGCAAAACACAAUUGAAUUUAGACCUUAAUAAAGGACUCACCUCAGGCAGCUGUCUGCGAUUUUCCUUACUGAUGUUUCAAUUACACAGGGACCGAGGGCUUUGGUUACUUCCUAGUAAUGCCAAGUAACCCACAUAUCAUGUACUCCAUCACAUAAUUCAUUUCACAUACGAGAAAAGGGGGAGGAUAAACGUGUUCAUCAAUGAAUCUGUCGACUCGCCUGGAGUCUCAUUUUCCCAGUGCCCUUUGUCUGUGCAAAAUUACUUCCGUUUUUCG